GUUGUUCGAGAAACUUUGCGCGGAACAAAAGCACAAAUCGCACGCGGCCGAAAGCGACCAACAAAUAAAAAGCACAACGAAAUAAACCACCAAACAAACAUGUCGCAUACGCCACUGAAGCGACUGAGUGGCAGCCUGGUUGUAGUCCUGCUGCUCCUGGCUCUAAUCGCAGAGGAUGUCCAGGCCAAACGCUGGUUUGGAGGCGGCGGCAGUAAGAGCCGAUCAUCUAGUUCCGGCAGCUACUCGCCGCGUCGCACCUCCUCCUCUACAUCCACGUCGCACUCGCACGCGAGUCCCUCGUACUCGCACUCGGAUAUCGGUCGCCUGAGCUAUGCCGGCGGCACCCAAUCGCAGCCCAGUAAAGUGAGCAUGGGUCAGUCGCAGAGCAGUCACAGCUCCGCACCGAUUGGAUGGAAUGUGCCCAAGGCCCAGGGUCCGCCGCCCGCAUACUCCGCCAGUAAUCCGGCCGGAGGAGCCCACACCAACAUCCACGAGCGUCCGCCGGCAUACAAUCCAGCCUACAAGCCGAAUGCAGCCCCGCCAAGCUAUUCGGCGGCCACCAACACCCACAGCAACAGCCCCAGCAGCAGCUACAACACAAAUUCCCGGCCAGCAGCUGGAGCAGGAGCAGCUGCCGGAGCUGGAGCAGGAGCAGCCAGUCCCCACUACACACCCGCAUCGAAUUAUAGACCCAGAAUGAACUCCACGGGCGGCGGAUUUGGCAGCGGAUACCACACUCCCAUCUCGGCCAGCAGUGCGCACAACGUGCAGUCCAGCUAUCCGCGUCAGCAGGGACAGCUGCCUCAAGGAGCCACCUACUAUCCGGCAGGACAAGUGCCGGCGGGCGCCACCUUCCAUCCUGCAGGACAUGCGCCAGCAGGAGCAUCGUAUCACCCGGCUGGACAGGUUCCCCACGGAGCGACCUAUUAUCCAACAGGACAAGUGCCAGCGGGAGCCAGCUAUCACCCGGCAGGACAGUAUCCUGCAGGUGCCAGCUAUCAUCCCGCAGGAGCCACGUACCACAGUCCGGGACAGAUUCCCCAGGGAGCCACCUACUAUCCGCAGGCACCUAUGGGCGGAGGUCUGCCGCCGGGUGCCACCUUCCUGCCAGCAGGAGGAGCCCUUCCCGCAGGUGCCACCUACUAUCCUCAGGCGCCACAAAAGUCUGGAUCCGGUUUUGGAUUGGGCACUGGUCUUAUUGCUGGCGCUCUGGGAGGAGCCAUUCUGGGUCACGCCUUGACACCCACUCAAACGAGAGUCGUGGAGCAUGCCCCAUCAUACUCUGGUGGUGGCGGUGGAGGCGGCGGCGGCGGGGGCGAGGACAAGAUCAUCAUUAUCAACAAUGGACCCCCGGGAUCCGUGACCACUAGCGAGGUGGGAUCGGGCACGACGGUUAUCAACGCGGGAGGCGUGCAGCAACCAGCUGGCUAUCCCGCGCAGCCAAUGGCUGCUGCGGCUCCUGCGGCUCCUGCACCGCAGGUACCGGGAGGCGCUCCACUAGCGCCUCUUGCUCCGAUAGCUCCUUUGGCCGCACUUCCCCAAACACCAGCAGUGCCCGGAGCAGCACCAGCUGAGACGAAUGCUCCAGCACCCGCACCUGGCGCACCACCGGCAGCUCCUGCUGAUCCAAAUGUACCUGCGACUCCCGCUGACCCCAAUGCUCCACCAGCUGCUGGAGGAAUAAUCUGUGUGCCUGUGAAGGUACCCGAACCAGAUCCAAAUGACGCCACGAAGACCAUUGAAGUAGAGAAGAUCGCCUGCUAUCCAGCACCUCCACCAGAAGCAGCUCCCGCUAACGGAACAGCUCCUGCUGUCGAAGGCGCUGUCCCUGCCCCGGCUUCCGUUUCCAAUGUGGCAGCCGGAGUUACCCAAUCGCCGGACGCCGCGCAUCUUGCACCAUUCCAGCCGACGACACCCUUCACUGUGCCCGAAGGAUCCGUGCCAUUGGCUCCGCUUACGCCGGGCGGACAGCCGGAUAUCAUGAAGAUGCCGGGCCUUACAUCUGCUCGUCUUUCCGCCGAGUCGGGACUGAAGGAUGCCCACAAUGUGGCAGACAAGUCCUUCACCCACUUCAGUCUCAUCUCGACGCUGAUGACCCUCCUGGUGGCCUACUGUCUCCACUAAGAGCCUCAGGAGAGUCCCCCAGGAUUAUGUGUCAUUGGCAAACCGAAAAGCUUUCACUAAUUUAUUGCCAGUCUAUCGGACACGAGAUGUGCCUUAUCAUAUAUGUGUCUUACUCCUAUCAGUCGGUUCUCUUUAUAUAUUUUGUAAACAAAUCGAAUUUUUGAUAUAUACUCGUACGCGUAGUUCUGUUAGACCUCAAGUAAACCACCAAUAAAUGCAUCGUCAAUUGAUCGAAUUAAA